AUGUCCUCGGUUUCUCCCGAAGCUACCCGCACUCCCCGGGCGCAGGAGACUAUGCCUCCCCCACCACUCUCCGUACGCGUCCCGGAAGCCGACGCAGAAACAGGUUGGUGCAUUUCCCCAUCCGUUGACGGUCCGCUGACCAAGAUUGUAUUCGUAGAUUUCCCGGACGCCGUCAUCCUCGACCACUACUUGAACCCCGAGACGUACCGCGUCACUUUUGACUGGAAACGCGUCGGCGUCCGCGAACAACUCGUCAUACCCGAAGUGCACGCUCAGCUCAUCGAUCAGAACAAGGUCCUCGACUACUGGCACCAGGUUUACCUCACCACGCGCCAGGUGCGAGAACAGGCCCUUCGCUGCGAAUUCUACCACGUCUUCCAGAUCCUUGACCAUCGCCGUCGGGGGAGGGGUACGAGAUCUGGUUUCCUCCUGGUGCAGUGGGUCGGCUAUUCCGAUGACCCCGAAGAAGCCACGUGGGAGCCCCUCACCAAGAUCGACAGCGUCGCGCCGCUGGACGUGAGAGAUUAUCUGACCAAGAAGCGCCUGUGGAAGAACCUGCGCCCAUGGCCCGCUUGGAGGAGGAAGAUUCAGGACCACGAGGACGCACGCCAGAGACUAAUCGCAGCCCCCAGUCUGCUGGAUGAGGCCAACCAGCGCUUGCGCUCCGAGUCAACCACGAGGUUGUCGGCGGAUCUUGGACUCGAUAGGUGA